AUGGCGGAGGCCGUACUCAGCCAGAUUUCGGGCGACUUUCUGGAGUGUACGAUCUGCCUGGAGCCCUACAAGGACCCCAAGAUCCUGCUGUGUCUUCACACCUUCUGUAAGGACUGUCUGGAGAAGUUUGUAGCAAAACAAAGUAAAGUAAAGGACAAGUUUCCGUGUCCAACAUGUCGGAUCGAAACUGUACUUCCGGAAGGCGGUGUCGCCGGGCUCAAAAACAACUUCUUUGUCCUGAGCUUGAGGGACACCGUCGACGCUCACAAGGGUUUGGUUAGCAAGGAAGAUGACAAAGUGACUUGUGAUAACUGUGAAGAACAUGUGGCUAAUUUCGGCUGUGUUGUCUGUGAAGAGUUCUUGUGUGACGAAUGUGCUCGAGGCCACCGCCGCGGCAAACGUACACGUGACCAUGAAGUCAUCGGAGUGGCGGAAUUAAAAGAGCAACUGAUCACCAAGACGUCAUCGGUCAAGUCAAGAUCACUGCCGAUGUGUCCAAAACACGAAGACGAGAAGCUGAAGUUCUACUGUGAGACGUGCCAGAGUCCCAUCUGCCGAGACUGCACAGUACUGCAGCACAAAGACCACAAGUACGGCUUGUUGGCAGACGUUGUGAGUGACGUCAGGGCAAAGAUCAAAGGCAACCUGGAAGCUGCCAGGCCGAAAAUUAAAGAAUACCGAGACGCUGCAAGUGUCACAGCCAAGAAGCAAGCAGAACUGGACACCAGGAGUAAGAAAGCUGCAGACGACAUCGAUGCAGCUGCGGAGGAAGAGAUCAAGUACUACACUGGCCUUGUCCGACGCAAACAGACUGAACUGAAAGAAAAGUUAGCGGCCGUCACAGCAGCCCGUUCCAAGCAGCUCUCUGCUACAGCAGACAGUGUUGAGAGCACCUUAGGCUGUCUGUCCAGCACAGUGGACUUCUCACAGAAAGUCGUGGAGCAUGGCAGUGACUUUGACGUCAUGAACGUGUACUGUGACGUCACGGCCCGGCUGGAGUCUCUGCUGAAAGGUCCAACCCCGGACAUUCCUGACGACAUCAGUUACGUCAUGUUUGAUCCUAGGAAGAAAGGGGGGAAAAGGGAAAUCAUCCUUGGCGACAUUGUCGAUCACCCUGGUACUCCGAAGCAAGGACGAAACCAGACCACGGCCACACAAGCUGUUCAGGACAGAGCCAGAGGCCGUCCAGGCCCUAUCACUCGAGAUUCUUCCUUCCGUACUGCCAAGUUGACCACCCUGGGCGCCAGCGGCCGUCUUGGCCCCACUACCCUGGGUACCCACUACAGGGGACAGGACCAUGAACACCUGGUGACGCUACAUGACGGGAUACAACACUUCACUGUACCGCGGACGGGAACGUACAGCAUAGAGACAGCGGAUUCUUAUUUCCAAAAUGUCAAGUUGACCACCCUGGGCGCCAGGGGCCGUCGGGGCCCCACUACCCUGGGUACCCACUACAGAGGACAGGACCAUGAACACCUGGUGACGCUACAUGACGGGAUACAACACUUCACUGUACCGCGCACGGGAACGUACAGCAUAGAGGCAGCGGGGAGGGGUAACGACAUCCCAAAGUCCGCCCGAGGACGGGGUGCCGUACUGAGGGGAACAUUUAACCUCAAACAAGGUAAAACUCUGAAGAUCCUGGUGGGACAAGAAGGUGAUGAGAGUUGGGAGACCCAAGAUAUAGGAGGAGGGGGUGGUACGUUUGUCACCGGGGGAGACAACACGCCACUCAUUAUAGCCGGGGGUGGGGGUGGGGGAAGGGCUGGACUACUGACCCAUAACCCCCUGUGUGACGGGACUGUGUCCACUACUGGUAACAAGAGUUAUGGAGAAACUUGUAGCGGAGGAUCUAACGGACAGGGGGCGACAGAAUGGAAGAGUGACCACAUAGGUGGGGGAGGGGGAGGGCUGCUGACGGAUGGAGGGAGUUCUAAAUGGUUUGGAGGCGACAGUUGUGAGCACGGUGGGGGAGGUGGGAAGGCGUUUGUGAAUGGCGGGGUUGGAGGGGAGGGGGCAGAUUAUAGAGCUAAUGGUGGGUUUGGUGGAGGGGGAGGGAGUUGUGGAAAAGGUGGAGGAGGCGGUGGGGGAGGAGGGUUCUCAGGGGGAGGCAGGGGAGAGUGUUGUUUCCUAAAUGGCGGAGGAGGCGGAGGUUCGUUUAACUCUGGUACUAACACGAGCGGUCAGGAUGGGGCAAACGACGGACCCGGGAGUCCCCACUGGCAGGUGAGAAGGUCAUUCCCUUACUACUACGUAAAGCAUACAGGUGCGGUCAUGGUGGAGGCCGUAGUCAACCAGAUUUCGGGCGACUUUCUGGAGUGUACGAUCUGCCUGGAGCCCUAUAAGGACCCCAAAAUCCUGCCGUGUCUUCACACCUUCUGUAAGGACUGUCUGGAGAAGUUUGUAGCGAAACAAAGUAAAGUAAAGGACAGGUUUCCGUGUCCAACAUGUCGGAUCGAAACUGUACUUCCGGAGGGCGGAGUCGCCGGGCUCAAAAACAACUUCUUUGUCCUGAGCUUGAGGGACACCGUCGACGCUCACAAGAGUUUGGUUAGCAAGGAGGAUGACAAAGUGACUUGUGACAACUGCGAAGAACAUGUGGCUAAUUUCGGCUGUGUUGUCUGUGAAGAGUUCUUGUGUGAAGAAUGUGGUAGAGUCCACCGCCGCGGCAAACGUACACGUGACCAUGAAGUCAUCGGAGUGGCAGAACUAAAAGAGCAACUGAUCACCAAGACGUCAUCGGUCAAGUCAAGAUCACUGCCGAUGUGUCCAAAACAUGAAGACGAGAAGCUGAAGUUCUACUGUGAGACGUGUCAGAGCCCCAUCUGCCGAGACUGCACGGUACUGCAGCACAAAGACCACAAGUACAGCUUGUUGGCAGACGUUGUGCGUGACGUUAGGGCAAAGAUCAAAGGCGACCUGGAAGCUGCCAGACCGAAAAUUAAAGAAUACCGAGACGCUGCAAAGGCCACAGCCACAAAACAAGCAGCACUGGACACCAGGAGUAAGAAAGCUGCAGACGACAUCGAUGCAGCUGCGGAGGAAGAGAUCAAGUACUACACUGGCCUGGUCAGACGCAAACAGACUGAACUGAAAGAAACGUUAGCGGCCGUCACAGCAGCCCGUUCCAAGCAGCUCUCUGCUACAGCAGACAGUGUUGAGAGCACCUUAGGCUGUCUGUCCAGCACAGUGGACUUCUCACAGAAAGUCGUGGAGCAUGGCAGUGACUUUGACGUCAUGAACGUGUACUGUGACGUCACGGCCCGGCUCGAGUCUCUGCUGAAAGGUCCAACCCCGGACAUUCCUGACGACAUCAGUUACGUCAGAUCACCCUGGUACUCCGAAGCAAGGAAAAAACAGACCACGACCACGUUCAAAGCUGUUCAGGACAGAGCCAGAGGCCGUCCAGGCCCUAUCACUCGAGAUUCUUCCUUCCGUAUUGCCAAGUUGACCGCCCUGGGCGCCAGCGGCCGUCUGGGCUCCAGUACCCUGGGUACCCACUACAGGGGACAGGACCAUGAACACCUGGUGACGCUACAUGACGGGAUACAACACUUCACUGUACCGGGGACGGGAACGUACAGCAUAGAGGCAGCGGGUGCUGCUGCAGGGUGGGGUGUGGAGAACCCGAAGUCCGUCCGAGGACGGGGUGCCGUACUGAGGGGAACAUUUAACCUCAAACAAGGUGAAACUCUGAAGAUCCUGGUGGGACAAGAAGGUGCUGAGAACACGGCUCGCCAGAGUGUAGGAGGAGGGGGCGGUACAUUUGUCACCAGGGGAGACAACACGCCACUCAUUAUUGCCGGGGGUGGGGGAGGGGUGGGGUAUGGAACCACCCAUAACCCCCUGUGUGACGGAACUGUGUCCACUACUGGUAAUAAGAGUUAUGGAGGAACCGGUUGUAGUGGAGGAUCUAACGGACAGGGGGCGACAGAAUGGAAGGAUGACUGGAUGGGCGGGGGAGGGGGAGGGCUUCUGACGGAUGGAGGGAGUUCUAAAUGGUUUGGAGGCGACAGUUGUGAUCACGGUGGGGAAGGUGGGAAGGCGUUUGUGAAUGGCGGGGUUGGAGGGCGUGGGAGAUGUAAUAAUGCUGAUGGUGGGUUUGGUGGAGGGGGAGGGAGUGAAGGGGCUGGUGGUGGAGGAGGUGGGGGAGGGGGGUACUCAGGGGGAGGCAGGGGAGAGAACAUUAUCCCAAAUGGCGGAGGAGGAGGCGGUUCGUUUAACUCCGGUACUGACAUGAGCGGUCAGGAUGGGGCAAACGACGGACCCGGGUAUGUGGUCAUCACCAGACAAGUGAGUCCCCACUGGCAGGUGAGAAGGUCAUUCCCUUACUAUUACGUAAAGCAUACAGGUGUGGUCAUGGCGGAGGCCGUACUCAACCAGAUUUCGGGCGACUUUCUGGAGUGUACGAUCUGCCUGGAGCCCUACAAGGACCCCAAGAUCCUGCCGUGUCUUCACACCUUCUGUAAGGACUGUCUGGAGACGUUUAUAGCGAAACAAAGUAAAGUAAAAGACAGGUUUCCGUGUCCAACAUGUCGGAUCGAAACUGUACUGCCGGAGGGCGAAGUCGCCGGGCUCAAAAACAACUUCUUUGUCCUGAGCUUGAGGGACAUCGUUGAAUCUCACAGGACUCUAGCUAGUAAUGACAAAGUGCCUUGUGAUGUCUGUGAAGAAGUGGCUAAUUUCGGUUGUGUAGUCUGUGAAGAGUUCUUGUGUGAGGACUGCGCCCGUACUCACCGUCGUGCUAAACGUACACGUGACCAUGAAGUCAUCGGAGUGGCGGAAGUAAAAGAGCAACUGAUCACCAAGACGUCAUCGGUCAAGUCGACAUCACUGCCGAUGUGUCCAAAACAUGAAGACGAGAAGCUGAAGUUCUACUGUGAGACGUGUCAGAGUCCCAUCUGCCGAGACUGCACAGUACUGCAGCACAAAGACCACAAGUAUGGCUUGCUGGCCGACGUUGUGAGUGACGUCAGGACAAAGAUCAAAGAUAACCUGGAAGCUGCCAGACCGAAAAUAGAGGAGUACCGAGGCACUGCAAGUGUCGCAGCCAAGAAGCAAGCAGAACUGGACACCAGGCGUAAGAAAGUUGCAGACGACAUCGAUGCAGCUGCGGAGGAAGAGAUCAAGUACUACACUGGCCUUGUCAGACGCAAGCAGACUGAACUGAAAGAAAAGUUAGCGGCCGUCACAGCAGCCCGUUCCAAGCAGCUCUCUGCUACAGCAGACAGUGUUGAGAGCACCUUAGGCUGUCUGUCCAGCACAGUGGACUUCUCACAGAAAGUCGUGGAGCAUGGCAGUGACUUUGACGUCAUGAACGUGUACUGUGACGUCACGGCCCGGCUGGAGUCUCUGCUGAAAGGUCCAACCCCGGACAUUCCUGACGACAUCAGUUACAUGAGGUUUGAUCCUAGGACGGAAAGGAGAGAAACGGAAAUCAUCCUUGGCAACAUUGUCGAUCGCUGCUUUAAGUUGACCACUCUGGGCGCCAGCGGCCGUCUGGGCCCCACUACCCUGGGUACCCACUACAGGGGACAGGACCAUGAACACCUGGUGACGCUACAUGACGGGAUACAACACUUCACUGUACCGGGGACGGGAACGUACAGCAUAGAGGCAGCGGGUGCUGCUGCAGGUUGGGGUGUGAGUGACCCGAAGUCCGCCCGAGGACGGGGUGCCGUACUGAGGGGAACAUUUAACCUCAAACAAGGAGAAAUUCUGAAGAUCCUGGUGGGACAAGAAGGCACUGAGAACACAGAAAGCUCUGGUGUAGGAGGAGGGGGCGGUACGUUUGUCACCAGGGGAGACAACACGCCACUCAUUAUCGCCGGAGGUGGGGGAGGGGCGGGGGACCUACUGACUCAUAACCCCCUGUGUGACGGGACUGUGUCCACUACUGGUAACAAGAGUUAUGGAGGAACUGGUUGUAGUGGAGGAUCUAACGGACAGGGGGCGACAGAAAGGAAGGGCCUCUUCAUGGGGGGAGGGAGUGUGGCCAUGGCGGAGGCCGUACUCAACCAGAUUUCGGGCGACUUUCUGGAGUGUACGAUCUGCCUGGAGCCCUACAAAGACCCCAAGAUCCUGCCGUGUCUUCACACCUUCUGUAAGGACUGUCUGGAGACGUUUAUAGCGAAACAAAGUAAAGUAAAAGACAGGUUUCCGUGUCCAACAUGUCGGGUCGAAACUGUACUGCCGGAGGGCGGAGUCGCCAGGCUCAAAAACAACUUCUUUGUCCUGAGCUUGAGGGACACCGUUGAAUCUCACAGGACUCUUGCUAGUAAUGACAAAAUGCCUUGUGAUGUCUGUGAAGAAGUGGCUAAUUUCGGUUGUGUUGUGUGUGAAGAGUUCUUGUGUGAGGACUGCGCCCGAACUCACCGUCGUGCUAAACGUACACGUGACCAUGAAGUCAUCGGAGUUGCGGAAUUAAAAGAGCAGCUGAUCAUCAAGACGUCAUCGGUCAAGUCGACAUCACUGCCGAUGUGUCCAAAACAUGAAGACGAGAAGCUGAAGUUCUACUGUGAGACGUGCCAAAGCCCCAUCUGCCGAGACUGCACAGUACUGCAGCACAAAGACCACAAGUACGACUUGCUGGCCGACGUUGUGGGUGACGUCAGGGCAAAGAUCAAAUGCAACCUGGCAACUGCCGGGGCAAAAAUUGAAGAAUACCGAGACGCUGCAAGUGUCACAGCCACAAAACAAGCAGAACUGGACACCAGGAGUAAGAAAGCUGCAGACGACAUCGAUGCAGCUGCGGAGGAAGAGAUCAAGUACUACACGGGCCUUGUCAGACGCAAGCAGACUGAACUGAAAGAAAAGUUAGCGGUCGUCACAACAGCCCGUUCCAAGCAGCUCUCUGCUACAGCAGAUAGUGUUGAGAGCACCUUAGGCUGUCUGUCCAGCACAGUGGACUUCUCACAGAAAGUCGUGGAGCAUGGCAGUGACUUUGACGUCAUGAACGUGUACGCUGACGUCACGGCCCGCCUGGAGUCUCUGCUGAAAGGUCCAACCCCGGACAUUCCUGACGACAUCAGUUACGUCAGGUUUGAGCCAAGGAGGGAAAAGGAAGAAAGAGAAGUCGUCCUUGGUGAAAUUGUUGAUUCGUCUUUCCGAACUGCCAAGUUGACCACCCUGGGCGCCAGCGGCCGUCGGGGCCCCACUACCCUGGGUACCCACUACAGGGGACAGGACCAUGAACACCUGGUGACGCUGCAUGACGGGAUACAACACUUCACUGUACCGCGGACCGGAACGUACAGCAUAGAGACAGCGGGUGCUGCUGCAGGGUGGGGUCCGUUAAACCCGAAGUCCGCCCGAGGACGGGGUGCCGUACUGAGGGGAACAUUUAACCUCAAACAAGGAGAAACACUGAAGAUCCUGGUGGGACAAGAAGGCGCUGAGAUAAUAGAAAGCUCUGGUGUAGGAGGAGGGGGCGGUACGUUUGUCACCACGGGAGACAACACGCCACUCAUUAUCGCCGGGGGUGGGGGAGGGGGAGGGAGGGGACUACAGACUCAUAACCCCCUGUGUGACGGGACUGUGUCCACUACUGGUAACAAGAGUUAUGGAGGACCUGGUUGUAGUGGAGGAUCUAACGGACAGGGGGCGACAGAAUGGAAGGGUGACUACAUUGGUGGGGGCGGGGGAGGGCUGCUGACGGAUGGAGGGAGUUCUAAACGGUUUGGAGGCGACAGUUGUGAGAAGGGUGGGGAAGGUGGGAAGGCGUUUGUGAAUGGCGGGGUUGGAGGGUGUGGGGCAAGUAAUUAUGCUGGUGGUGGGUUUGGUGGAGGGGGAGGGAGUGAAGGGGCUAGUGGUGGAGGAGGUGGGGGAGGGGGGUACUCAGGGGGAGGCAGGGGAGAGAAUUAUUACCCAAAUGGCGGCGGCGGAGGCGGUUCGUUUAACUCCGGUACUGACACGAGCGGUCAGGAUGGGGCAAACGACGGACCCGGGUAUGUGGUCAUCACCAGACAAGUGUAGGAACCAACCAACAAACAAACAAUAGUCAAACUUUAUGUCGCCGUGUCAAGAGGACGUUUAAAACCACAUGAUAUCAUUGCAUGCACUGAAAUGGAAAAAAAGACAAACACGAGGCAUAGAACAGUUCCAUACAGAUAGACUGACAUGGCCAUGGGGACACCAAAAGUGCACAUAUUCCAGCAGAUUUCUUUUACCCACUAUAUAUCCAUGAUGUAGGUUUUGCUUGUAACAGUAUGACAGUAUUAAAUGUUACUCAAGCUUGACACUCAUGCGAACAACGGAACGAAAUGAGAGUAGGUGAUAUAUAACGUUAUGCAAGCAGUAAAAUUACUGUGUGUGGACGUUAUUAAUGUAGCUAAGUUAACUACCAACAGGGUGUGGGGUCGU